AUGAAUAAUAUGGCUCAAGUGACCACGAAAAAUGAACGUCCUGUGAAAAGGAGACGCAAAGUAAUGAAUACAUGUAUGUUUUGUCGGAAAAGGAAACUAAAAUGUGAUCAUGCUAGACCAAAAUGUCAGCAGUGUGAAAUGCGGAAACUUCCUGAAUGCGUCUAUGGUAACGGUUUUAAUUUUGACGUUAGUGCAGAAGAUCGCAUGAAAAGACCUACAAAACGUUUAGUGAAAGAUGUGACAAAUAGUGUAUUAGAUAACCCUACAGAUAUAUCCACAUCAAACCCCUCUAAAGGUAACCCCGAUGACAAUUUAUUAAAAUUUCAAUUUCUUGAAAAUCAGGAUGGUAGAUUUCAACGUUAUGGACCAACAUCGUGGAAGGCAAUUGUAAACCAUGAUAAGGAAGUAUUUGAACGAGAGUAUCUUGAUUUAUGGAAUGUUCAAAAGAAUAAGUACGAUGUUUGGAAAACUCAACAUUGUGUCAUUGAGAAUAAGCCGAAGUAUUGGGUACAUUUUCAUGAUGUAAACAAUAUUUUGAAAAUCAUAUGUAGUGUCUUGCCAACUUAUGAAAAGACCAGAGAGACUCUAGAUAAAUUCUUCAAUGGUACAUUACAUGAUGUUUAUAGGAUAGUGGAUCGUAAGCGUACAUUUGAAGCAUUUAAUACGUGUUUUUGCGUUUCAAGGGUUGAGCCAUCAUUCGAAAAUUUGUUGACGGAUGUGUUUACAGAUAUCCAAGUUCCAGCAGAUGGAAAUCUUUAUUAUAUUGGUAUUAUAUUAUUGAUUAUUAGUCAUACAAUGUCUAAUUUCAAUCCAGAUAAAUCCUUGACAAGUUUCUUAGAACAAUUAGCAUUUUCUCCAAGAUUUUCAGAUUCUUUUGUGGAAAGACCCCAAUUUUUGCUACUGAUGUACCUUUUGAGAGAAUAUCAAUCAGAUUUGCCCAUUUGGGAGACUAAUCAAAAUCACAAUCUAAUUAUGUGUGUAUGCCAUAGUUGUGACGUAUUAGGUUUAAGCAAAAUUGAUGAAUGGUAUGAUAAGAGUAAUUAUUCCAGUGAUGUGAUUUAUUCUUUAAAGAGAACUUUCUAUUGGACAAUAUUUUUUGAUGUUAAUGUAUCAUUUGAAGAAGGGAAACCACUUUAUCUUUCUGAUAAUCAUUUCGAAUAUGCUCAAUUAUAUAAUUUGGAACGUCAUGAUGUUGAGAUAGAUAAAGAAUUUCGCCGAAGUAGAGUUAUGUCCAAUUUUCUCAAGAUAGUGAGACCUAUUGUUAAUGAUUUAAAUAGUUCAAAUUUUAAAGACAGGAACAUGUUGAAAAUAUACACCAAGCAAUUGGUGGAUUAUUUCGAAUCAGGUUUAAUGCCUAUUAAAUUAUAUACUGGUUCAGGUAAAAUAUUACCUGUAGACACCUUUGAUUUACCAUUCGUCGCUGUUGGCGUUGCAUUAUUAUUAGCCCUGUAUCAUAUGAGAGAGAAAUAUUUUGGAGAGAAGUCUAUUGAGGUAAAUAAUGGAAUCAUCAAAUAUUCAUUAAUCCUUAUAAGUUUUUCUUGUAAAACGAUCAUUUGGGGAGAUCAGAUGGAUGGAUUUACUGAUGGUAUGUAUUAUAUCAAUAAGGAUGCUAUUACGCAUCAUUUACGAUUAUCGAUCCUAUUGACUGCACCGAUUAUGAAACGAGUAAUUUUCGAAUUCUAUGAUUAUUUUUUCCAAAACAUUUCACUAGAAAAUCUAUCAUCUUCACAACAAUUGUUUGAUUGUGAAGGAUCUAAAGAUCAAACUAUAUUAUUAGAUAGUUUUACUGUGGAAGAUAGUUAUUAUUAUCAAAUUAUUCCCGCAUUACAACAAAUCGAGAUCAUUGAAAAAUCGAUAUUGGGUCAUACGGAGUAUAGAUUACAUCAAAGAUUACAUAAAUCGGCCACGUUUGUUACCUUAGCUGCGUCACAAAUGUUAUCAUAUAUUCUUGCAUUGCAAGUUACAAGAUUAGUCAAAUGUCCCGAAGAUAAAAAACAGACCAUAAAGCAAACAGGGACAGAGUUAUGGAAUAAGUAUAGAAGUAUAUCUAGUGGGUUAUGGAGGUUAAACAUAUUUGAUCUAGUGUCUAAGAAAUUGACUGCAAAGACGGCUAACGAGGCUGAUGAGGCUGACGCCAAUGCACACCCUACUUUUACAUAG